AUGGCCGACUGGACGUACGUCAGUGCGACGCAUCAUCCAGAGAAACCCGACUCGGUGAAAAAGGCGAAUAGGAAGGAUGAGAUAUGGCCCCCGUCAGAAGACCUGAGAGAGAUUACGGCAAUCGCAUAUUGCUACUUGGCCGAGUUUAUAGAGCAUUGGGCUGAGGUCUCGGAAAACAGCGUGUCCACUCCCCUGAACCAAACUGCAUACGACAGCCUUGCUGCGGCCACUGCGUUGAUGACUAUUGCUAGCGGAAGCAGCCAGGCUGGCGCAGCAGAGAACCAAGAGCCCGUUUUCGUCGACAUGGAAAGGGACACGUACGUUGUGGUCGACGAGAAGGCCGGCAAUACCUUCAAGCUUCGCCUGCUCGACAGGUCUACUAUUAAGACGCAGGUAACUGGAUGGCAACUCGCACACGUCUGGUUCGAAGAGGAUUGGACGCCGUGCCACACGUAUGUCGGUCAGAAAUCGGGUAUUCGGUACUGGACGUGGACAAUGGAUCAGGAAGGGAAAGAGGUCGCAGAGCAAAGAGACGAAGAAAAUGAGGACGUGAUUGAUGGUUGUAGGUUGCUUACGGCUGCACCGGAAGCGGACAUGAGGGAACACCUCUGGGGCCGAUCCGGGGCAUUUCCUAUCAUGAUUCGGUAG